AUGUGUAACCCCCACACCCUUCAGCUUUCAGCGGAGGCUGCAGCACCAGCCCACACCCCUCAGCUUGCAGCACCAGCCCACACCCCUCAACCUGCAGAACCUGCAGCAGAGCCUGCAGCGAAGCCUGCAACACCAGCCCACACCCCUCAGCGUUUAGCAGAGCCUGCAGCACCAUCCCACACUCCUCAGCGUACAGCAGAGCCUGCAACACCAGCCCACACCCCUCAGUGUAUAGCAGAGCCUGCAGCACCAACCCACACCCCUCAACCUGCAGAACCUGUAGCAGAGCCUGCAGCGGAGCCUGCUGCACCAGCCCACAACACUCAGUCGGCAGCAGAGCCUGCAACAACAGCACACAUCCCUCAGCCUGCAGCAGAGCCUGCAGCAGCAGCAGCAACACCCCACACCCCUCAGCCUGCAGAAGAGCCUGCAUCACCAGCCCACCCCAUGACCAACCUCUACCACUCGGUCCUUCACCACUUGCAAGACGCCAAUAUGACAUAG